AUGGGUCAGGCUGCCUCCUCUGCGAGACCUUCGCCGCAUACAGAUGGCCAAACAUCUCGCCGCGAGUCCUUCUGGCGUCGCUCAUUGCCUCCUUCCUCGGUCCUGGCCUCCGACAAUGACUACGACGACCAUGCCACCCACCCACAUUCUUCGUCCUCUCCAAGCACACGCCCACGGCCACGUGCUGCUCGCUCGAACCGGCUUUCCCAGAUGCUACGCUCUUCAAACCCUAGUGAUGACCAGGAACUACACUCUGGCCUCCAACGACCUUCGCGCUUACAGCGUGCUCGUACUUCGCUACACAACUUCGGUUCUCGCCAUUCUCCCUUUUCGCGCCCCGCGCAAAUGUCUCGCUCACGGACAGAUGACUUUGGCUAUGCCUAUCCUCAUGUCGAACUCAACUUUGACAACUUCGAGCUCAACCUCGACCUCGCUACUUCGAAUCCAGACUCACACACCCCGUCGUCACGUUCCAGUUUUCGUCUUCCAACCUCUCUCUCCGAACGCCUGUCUGCUCUUCGCUCUGAGAGAUCAACACGAAGUCCUGCCUUGACUCCUCCAAGGCUUAUGCCUGAUGACACAUCUGAAUCUCAGCCUACAUCAGCGAACGACCCAUCCCAAGCUUGGACAUCUGCUACUGCUGCUGCGUCACAAGAAUCCUCUCCGUUAGGUGCUACAGCUACGAGGUCAAGAACAGAAGGAGAAGGACAAAUAAGAGAAGACAACACGGCUUUGAUAUCUCGCAUCUUGUCAGUUGCGGCUGCAACCACGGCCGCCACUCUUCUCGAUGGUGACCAGGAAGCAAUCGCAGAAGCUCAUAGCGUGAGCGGCGACGGUACUUUCAGCAACUUUCUCCAGUCUUUGGAAAGUGGUCGUUUGGCAUCAGCUCUCAGACAAGGAGGUCAGACCUCGGCCAAUGCGCCCCUCAACUUUUUUCGAAUGUUUCGCUUCGGUUCAGCAAGAGAUGCUUCUAGAGAUGCCAAUGACUCGUCAUCUACUCAGUCCACUGGUACUGACGGACGCAUGGUUCCCGUCAUCAUCGUCGGCAUCCGCUCUGUAAAUCAGACGAGUACGAAUGGUGCUCAAGACGCCGCCAUGCCGCCUUUUCUGGAUGCCUUGUCUGCUCUGCCAAGGUCGCCCUUGAAUGGUGAAAACGACAGUAUCGACCACAUCCUGGAUCCGACACCGACACAUCGCUUUAGUCAUCGUCGGCGGGCUUCCAUGGGCGGUCAGUCCAACUUCCCAGCUGCAUAUGAUGCUCAACGCCACUCGUCCAUCCCUGAUCGUACACGAUCGCGCUCCAUAAACACUUCUCGGCCACCUUUGAGCCCUACUCUUUCACGCGUUGGUUCGGCCAGUUCUGCUAUACCGCCCCAACGCCCUACGUCUAGCCGUUCGAAUUCUAAUUACUCUGACCGCCGUGAGAGCAUCAUCAGAACCACAACGACAACGACAACCCUCGAAACCACGGCAGAGAAUGCCCCACUCAGACCUCGACCACAUCGACCACGCCGACUGAGCGAGUCUGAUUAUGGUCAUCGUGGUUAUUCUUCUCGGCGUAAUGGCUUUGUUGAGCCUGAUAAUGCACCAGGCGAAAACACCCGUAGUUGGAUAAUCUAUGUUCUCGGUGGUAGUUACCCCGAGAACCACCCCAAUAUCACUACACCCAGUCUUUAUACCGAUUCGCCCACUUACGAAGACAUGAUGCUCCUCUCAGCCCUUUUGGGCCCUGCCAAGCCCCCUGUGGCCAGCGAGCAAGAUGUUGCCGAUGCCCCAGGUAUCUUUAAGAUCCAGAGUACCGAGGAUUCUCUUGUUGCUGUUGCACUUGAAGGUGAUGACAGGAUCACCUUGACCUCUGAGCAAAGGUGUCUCGUAUGUCUCUGUGAUUUCGAGCACGACGAAGAGGCAAGACGCCUUGUCAAAUGCAAUCAUCUUUUCCACAAGGAGUGUAUCGACCAGUGGCUCACCAAAGGUCGAAAUUCUUGUCCACUUUGUAGAGGCCAAGGCGUUGAUGAGAAGGAGAAGCCCUCUACCGAGGACACACCAUCAAGUCCUCCAAUUGAGGUUUCCACUUCAGACAUUCCCGUCACCCUCCAAUAA